AUGGACGGAAGCAGCAUAGACCAAAGCACUACCAGUGAAUCCAAAUCGAUCACCUCGCCGCGGGGUAAGAAGCUCUGCCGCGUCGGCAGCGGAGCCAGCGUGAUCAUCGACGCCGGCGUCGAGGAGGCCGAGUCGCAGAAAGCUCCCUCGUCGCGGUUCAAAGGUGUGGUGUCGCAGCCCAACGCCCGGUGGGGCGCCCAAAUCUACGACAAACACAAGCGCGUGUGGAUCGGCACCUUCAAAGACGAGGAGGUGGCCGCCCGCGCCUACGACGUCGCCUCCCACCGCUUCCGCGGCCGCGACGCCAUCGCCAACUUCAAUCCUCUCUCGGAGGACGAGAUCGUCGACAUGCUAAGGAAGCACACCUACCACGACGAGUGA